AUGAUUCCUCUUACCAUAGUUUCGAUGAGAAGAAGAUUUUAUUACAUGAAGUACAAAUUCCAGAAAGCAGGCCGUCUCUGGAAAGGGAUUAUCUUGGCAUCUUUCGGAGUAUUACUAUGGAUUUGGGGUGAGUGCUUGAAAAAAUAUCCUCAGAGAUUAAAUUGAUCAAAAACUAAAACUGGAAAAUCCUAUUAAAUUAUGUUUACUAACUAGUUUUAGAGCAGUUUAUGGGGCUUUGUUUGGAACGUCUUGAACUCGAUGGAUAAAAUUCUGAAAGAAGGAAUCUUUGCCUUUCAUAACUCGACAACAGGUACCGUGCGGACUGAUGCUAAUUUCCGCAACCAUAUGACAGGCUGAAGAAGGAAAUCCUCGUCAUUUGAGCGUUUUCCUCAGUUAUCGUGAGAAAUCAUUGGCUGUAACGACUAAUACGUAACAACUAAUGCAGAGUUAACUCAUUUAUUCUGUUGUUUAGUAAAUUUAAAAUUUAAUGCGAUCGUAAAAUUGUUCAUUCAGACUUAAAAGUUAUUUAAAAGUAAAGUUGUUUCGAAAUAACUAAGUUUAGGAAGUUGUUGUUUUGCAUUAGGGAAAGAAAUUGUCUAAUUAUUUUUCAAAGAUAUUAUCACCCUUUCCACUCCCUAAAGAAAAUUAAUCUAGUGUGAUGGGAAAUAAAACACUUCAUGGACAUGAUAAACUCUGUACAAAGAAUUAGAAGCAAGAGAAGUGUCAACUUAGUGAUCUUGGGAUGUGAAGGUUAGGUCUCUACUCUAGCCUGGUGGCCCAUCCACAGUCCCAGUUUCCAAAGCAUAGUAAAGCCACUUGAAGUCUCACUACUUCCCUCUGAAUGGGAUGCUAGUUUAUUGCAAGGUUACCCCCAAACAUUUCAUCAACCUUCCCUGACAGUUCAUUUGUACCAGGGCUAAAAAUUGGCAGUCACACGGUCACUAGUGGCGAUUUAAAACUGACCAGGGCCACCAAAAGUUAAGGUUUGAACACCCGAUGUGCAACUAUGCCACAGAAUUUUGAAAAGUUGCAAUGUAAAUUAUGGGAAGUACAAAGUUAAAAAUAGAACUCAAUAUGUAAUUUAAUUGGACAACCUUUCUCUUUGUUUCUUUGCCUGGACUCUAAGAUCAUCCAUUUUAGUGAAUUUUUAUUUCUGAAGUGGAAAUUCCGAGCUGUUUUAACAGUGAUUUCAAGAGUGAUCCACAUUCACAACAUAUAGAUGCCAUUUUGAUUUUGUGGUUGCCAUGUGGCUCUGGGCUUUUGUAUUCUUUCCUUUUAAUUAAUGCUCCAUUAAAAACCAUAGGGCAUUUAUUCAAGUUUUUCAUUUUAAACCAGUGGAAAUUGAGGGCAACUUCAUUUUGGGAUGGGCCAGAAUUCAAGAAAACUAGCCUGAAUGGCCACCAAGCACUGGAGUUAUUUUUUAGCUCUGUUGUACCCAUUUAUACUCCUGGGUGGAGAGAAGCACUGUGAGGGUAAAGUGUUUUUCUCAAGAACACAACACAAUGACUUGGAACAGGUCUUGAACCCAGACCUCUUGACCCGGAGUCCAGUACACUGACCAUUAGGUCAGCACAUUUCCCAUGAUCCUGGAGUGAGGCUGGUGCCAACCCUUUACCCCCUAACAUCAGUAUGCAUAUUCUCCAUACUGUUCUUCAUAUAUAUCCAAAGAGGCUGACCAGGAGAAUUUGUUUAACAAUCUAGAGCUGCUUUAGUUGUUGAUCGUCUCCUCUAUUCUCAUAACUGUCAUGUUUGAUUCAGGGAUGAUAUAGUAAGGAGAAAUUAGAUGCUAGUCACUCUUAGGGACUAAAGGGUUAAAUCAGGAUGUGUUAUAUGAUUAAGAAAACACACCAUUACAUAUACUUAUUUAAAUACUUACUGCUAUUUUUGGUAUUGACAGUGUGGAAUUCAUCCAAGUCACCAUCCUCUUUUGAUGAAACAAUAUCACCAGGGAUGAUAUUUUCAAGCAAAGUACAACAAUGUAUUUCACACUAUUGUAACUUUCCCAUGCAAACUUCUGGUAGGGAAGGAUUGUUAAACUUGGAGAGUCAUCUUAACCAACAACGCUUUCAACUAGAAAUGACGCAGGUACUUAUUCGGCAUGGAGACAGAGCCCCUGCCAUAUACGUCCCAAACACAGACAAUAACAACUAUGAUUUUGAUUGUACAUUCAAAACUUCUGAUUACAACAACAAGAAAAUGUUUGAAGAAUAUUCACAAUCAACGAGACAUAUUACCCCACAUGAAUUUGUGAGAAAUGUGAGAACAAGUUUUCACCUGGUACCAACACCAGGAAGCCAGUGUAAAAUUGGUCAACUGACACAGAGAGGUUUUCUUCAGCAUUUUGCUCUUGGAAAACACAUGAGAACAGCUUACAAAACCUUAAUCGAUUCUGGUAUUGAGUCUAGCAAUCUCCAUGUGCGAUCAACCCAGGUAACAAGAUGCGUACAAAGUGCAGCUGCCUUUCUUUAUGGCUUGUUAACAAAGGAUGCCAUUAUGAAUGGUAAGCAAUUACUUUUAAAAAUCCUUCUUUACUCAUUCAUUCCCAAGAUCUCUUAAGCAAUUCUUCUCACUGUCUGCUAUUCAAUUCUUCUGAUUUUAGUUUGGAGAAUUUGGUAUUGGAUCCACUAAUAAUCUACUAAUUGAUAUUUUUCUGUAUUCUCAUCACCUGUCUGCUUGAUACUGUAUUGUUAUUGUAAGGAGAAAUUCUGUCUUGGUCUCUCUUGAGAGUUUAAGGGUUAAGCUAGUAUGGCCUUAACUUUACUUUUGAUCAUUGCUUUUUUGAGUGCCAUCAAGCUUAAGACAGGUUUUACUGACGUAGUCGUGUAAUUCACUUUAGACCUUGGAGGGCGUAGAGGGGUCUGUUCUUUUUUUCCGUAGGGAGGGUUAUGCUUUUAAAAGAAAUGAGAGAUUAGAGUUUACCUCUUGAGAGUUUGGAUUCCUGAGAGUGGCACAACAAACACCAUAUAAUUGUAGAUUAAUUAUAAAAAUAAAUGAUUCUUGUUUUAACAUUACAGAAAGGGUAACCAUCAACAUUACUUCAAACGGUUGGUUCCAAGAAGAUGACAAUGGAACUCCUUAUAAGUGUCCAUCAUUGGGGAGUCGUUGGCAUCAGUACAAACAGAGAAGUGACUACAUCUCAGGCUCUGCUGCAAUAGAACCAGUAAUGCAGGAGUUUUCACGGCUGUUGAGGACUCCAAGGCCAUCACUAACAACCAUUGGAUUGUAAGAAUUAGUCUCUCUAAAAUAUAAUUUUGUGUCCUUCAAUGAGCAUUUUUAUAGCAUACAGGAUCUGAAGUUUACCCUUUCACUCCCAAGAUAUCUUUGGUAAUUCUCCUUACUGUGUGCCAUACAAUUCUGAUGAUGUUAGUUAUGAGAAAUUUGGUAUUGGAUCAAUUAACAAUCCUCUAAUUGAUAUGUUUCUUCAUUCUCAUCAAUUGUAUGCUUGAUAUUGUAUUGAUACUACAAGGAGAAAUUCUGUCCUGGUCACUCACUUGUAAAGAGCUUUACUUUCAGUCACUUGUUGUAGUGGGAUCAGUCACUUUUUACUAAACAAUGGAAUGGCAUAAAGUUAAUUCAUUAUAGUACAUCUCAAGUCAAGUCAACUGACUCACACAGCUUGAGAUGGUCAGGCUCUAGGUUGGGGAUGAGGAACUGGAUAGGAUUCUUGUCCAACACUAGUUACUCCCUCCCCUCCUCAGCCUUGAACAAUAUGUAACCAUUUAUUCUUGACUAGUCUCCUGGGUGCUGUGUUAAAAUUUUUAUUGGGUAUCUUUAUUCUUUUCCUACAUGGGUUCCCCUCCAAAAAAUCACUUUCAAAAGGAGACUUAUUCCAUAUUGAUGUCAAUAUUGAGAGGGUACCACAACCCCCUCUUCCCCUCCCCUCCCCACCCAUGCACACACACACACACACACACACACACACACACACACACACACACACACACAAACACAUACUUUCCUUAAGAGAAACUCAUGAUUAGAAUGAUGAGCCUUCAUUGUUGUGGAAUCACUGCGGCAAGGGUUCUUUAAGUCUGGAAAGUUGGCUCAGCUCCUUGCAAAAAACUUGCUUAUCUCAUAAAUUUUUACUUGUGGAUAUGCACUGCAUAGGAUUUAGUAAUGGGGGCUUCAAUAUACAAAUUUCAUGGCAUAAGCAUGGCCUUAGGAGUCUGAGGAGAGCAUACAUCAUAUCAACCCUUUAACUCCCUUGAGUGACCAAGACAGAAUUUCUCCUUACAAUAUCAAUACAAUAUCAAGCAGACAAGUGAUGAAAUGCAAGAAAAAUAUAAAUUAGGGGAUUAUUAGUAGACCCAAUACCAAAUUCUCCAAACUAAUAUCACAAGAACUGUAUGGCAGACAGCAAGAAGAAUUAGUAAUGAGAUCUUAGGAGUUAAAGGGUUAAAGAUAGUAGAUCAGUAGUUUUAAUAUGAUGAAUUGAUCCUUUUUGAGGGGGACUUUUGCAGAGCUGAUGACUCAAUUUUGUUUCUUGGAAUCACAGGAUCAUUGGCUUUACUCUAUUCACUGAAUUUUCGUAUUAUAUUUUGCACAGUUCUUCCACAAAUUCACCAUAGUGUCACUUUGAUUAAUUUUAGGAAACAAGAUGCAAAAUGUGUUUGAUACCCUGAUCGUAUAGAAAUCUGCAACCUUUUGCUUAGUUCGUUUUUAAAUUCAAAAUACUUUUUUUUAUUAUUGCAGUUUGACUGAUGUAAUAUACACUCGUUACUGCCAUAAUCUUCCUCUCCCUUGUGGGCCUGGAGGUUGUGUGUCACCUUUGUUAGCAGCCCAGGCAAUGGAUUUUGCCACAUGGGCUUUUACACAGAAUUACACUGCGAUAGCUGAUGUGGCAUCUCAUCCAAUGUUGAUCCAGAUGGCAAAAAGAAUGUUUGACAAGACUCGACAAAAAUCUGCUCUUAAAUUUGUACUGUACAGUGGUCAUGACAGCACUGUUACACCACUUCUGAUAAAUCUUGGAGUUCAUGAUGAUACAAGAUUGACUCCAUAUGCUACAGGUGUGGUAUUUGAACUAUGGAGGGACACUCUUGCAGACACCUCAGCACAAAAAGAUUCUGCAGAUGGUUUUUAUUUCCGAGUUCUUGUUAACGGAGAGGAAGUCACCAACAAAAUGAAAUUUUGUGGUGAUUCAUUGCUCAAAGAUGAACUUUGUCCUGUGAGGGAAUUAAUUUCAUGGCUUUCUGAUGGUGAAGGUUUUGAACAAAUGGACAAGAAAUACAAGUUACUUUGUUCAACAACUUGAUUCUGGCCAAUGUAAAUAUACAUGUUCUUUUUAUUUAUUUAUAUCCACAUCGUUGUUGGCAUUGUACUUUUUGGACAGUCUGGUAACAAAUAAACAUCUACAACCCUCUCCUGACAGAUGAUGUACACAGUUAGCUUAAAAGGUAAGUUUCCAGUACAACAGGUGACUGCAGAAGCACUGUUACCCUCCCCGCCCUUACCAAAAGUUUUUGUC